AUGAUAGCUUUCUACAACCGGGUGACGGGCUGGGUGGAUGAGUGGGGAGCAGUGGAUGUUGCUUACCUUGACCUUCGUAAGGCUUUUGACGCUGUCUCCCAUAACAUCCCCACAGAAAAGCUGACAAAGUACAGGCUGGAGAAGCACAGUACAUACAGCCAAGGGAUUGAAUUAGCCUGCCAAAAAGAAAGAGAGUUUGUGAAGCACUCUGUAGAAUGCACGUGGAACCUAGCAGAAGCCCAGCAAAAACUUGGUAACUUAGCACUGCAUAAUUCAGAAUCGCGUGAUCAGGAAUCUGCUCAAGCAAAGACUGAAGCUGCAGAACUGAGAUGGAGAGAGGAAGAGUGGAGAAGAAAAGAAGAAGCACUAAACCAGAGGGAAAGACAGAAUCUAUGGAACACAGAUCCUGUUAGUAAGGAGGUAUUUAAUAAGAGUUUUAUUAAUCAAAAAAGAAAAGAAAUAGAAGAUGAAGAUGUGUCUGAACCACUUAUGCAAAAACACGAACAAAAGAUUAGGCACUUCGGUAUGCUGAGCCGAUGGGACGAUAGUCAGAGAUUUUUGUCUGAUCACCCGUAUCUUGUAUGUGAAGAAACAUCUAGAUAUCUCAUGUUGUGGUGUUUUCAUCUAGAAGCUGAACAGAAAAGAGCUCUGAUGGAGCAAGUAGCACACCAAGCAGUUGUAAUGCAGUUUAUUAUAGAAAUUGCCAGAAACUGCAAUGUGGAUCCAAGAGGCUGUUUUCGUCUCUUUUUCCAAAAAGCCAAAACAGGAGAAGGCUAUUUUGAGGCUUUUAAAAAUGAACUUGAGGCAUUCAAGAUGAGAGAGAGCUGA